UGGGCUUCCCAAAAAAUAUCUCAAUCCAUAAAUACCAAAACUUUAACCUAACAAAUCACAGAAAAGACCCUUCAUUCAUUUCACAUUCUCUGCUUCAACCUUACCUUCCACUGUUAUCUCUUCUUCAAGGCUUUGAAACUAAGAAUUGUUGAUAUGGGAAACUGUGGGAGUGCACCAAAGACCAGAGAAACAGGAGGAGGAGCCCCACAACCGGAAAAGGAUGAGGCGGCCGCGGCGGCGACGAGCAAGACCGAGGCAGAGGAGAACAAGCCUGAAGCUGCCCCUUCUGCAUCUGAUGAGAAAUCUCUAAGCACUCUGCUUACUGAGGAAACAAAGGAGGCAGAGGAAGCUAAUAAGAAAGAAGAGGCCAAGGCAGAGGAAGCGAAGCCUGAAGAAACAGGGGAGGCAAAGGAAGAGAAAAAAGCAGAGUGAAAAUGAAGAUGAUGGUGGAGACUAAGAGCCUGUAAAGUUAUAUCAAUAUGUUAAUGUAAAACCUAAGCCUUUUCCUCCUCCUCCUCCUCCUCCUCCUCCUCCUCCUUCUUCAUUUUUUUUUUUGUUGGUAUUUGGUGAUUCUUCAACCUUUGUCCUUUCUUUUUGAGUUUAUUUUUGUUUUAAUUUUAUUUUGCGCAUGCAGAUGAGAAUGGAAUUAGAUUUGUAUGAAAAUUUGGAGAUUUCCUUA